GAUUUAGAACUCCUUUGAAGCCAAGAAAACACAAUGUUGAAGACGAACUCCACAGAGGUGACUGAGUUCAUUCUCCUGGGUCUGACAGAUAGAGCAGAGCUGCAGCCUCUCCUUUUUGUGGUGUUCCUGGUCAUCUACCUGAUCACAGUGAUUGGCAAUGUGAGCAUGAUCUUGCUAAUCAGGAGUGACUCAAGACUUCACACUCCAAUGUACUUCUUCCUCAGUCACCUCUCCUUCCUAGAUCUCUGCUAUGCCACCAAUGUCACUCCUCAGAUGCUGGUUAAUUUCUUAUCCAAGAGAAAAACCAUUUCUGUCAUUGGUUGCUUUAUACAAUUCCACUUUUUCAUUGCCUUGGUGGUCACAGAUUAUUAUAUGCUCACAGUGAUGGCUUAUGACCGCUACAUGGCCAUCUGCAAACCUUUGUUAUAUGGUAGCAAAAUGUCCAGAAGGGUCUGCAUCUUUCUCACUGUGAUUACUUAUACUUAUGGCUUUGCAAAUGGUCUGGCCCAGACCAUCCUGAUGCUUCGUCUUUCCUUCUGUGGACCCAAUGAAAUCAACCACUUUUACUGUGCAGACCCACCUCUGUUAGUCCUUGCCUGCUCAGAUACUCAUGUCAAAGAAAUGGCCAUGUACAUUGGGGCCGGUUCCAACCUCACCUGCUCUCUCACCAUGAUUCUCAUCUCUUACAUUUUCAUUUUCACAGCCAUUUUGCAUAUUCGCUCUGCUGAGGGAAGGCGCAAGGCCUUCUCCACCUGUGGGUCCCACCUGACAGCUGUCACUGUCUUUUAUGGGACACUGUUCUGCAUGUAUCUGAGGCCCCCUUCAGAAACAUUUGUAGAGCAGGGUAAAAUUGUAGCUGUGUUUUAUAUCUUUGUGAGUCCCAUGUUAAAUCCUUUGAUCUAUAGCCUGAGGAACAAAGAUGUGAAAGAAGCAAUUAGGAAAGUUAUCAAAAAUAAAUUGUUUGCUAAGUAAAGUAAACAUUUUGGUCAUAGGUGUGCAAUAUAUCCUUAUUGUCUGAC